AUGGGCCGCACGGAGAAAUCCCAGGGUCUAGCGCCACCCGCCAUUCGCAAAGACAUCCGGGCCAAACAAGCACGCCACAUCAUCAACAAAGUAGUACCUGCGCUUCUGGCAUCAAAUGCAAGAGCAAGGCGGGGUGCAGAUAGCAGCGAAUUGAUUGUUGAUCCUGGCCCCAAUGGAGCAUCAGGACGACAAGGCCUAAGCAGCGCACGUACAGAAGGCAAUGAAAAUGCAGCAUACGUAAAAAGAAAGGGCCAAGGGCGCCGAAAAGCCAAAGGCAGUGAGAUCAUCGAUGAAGAUACCGUCACAGGUAUAAAUGACUCAAAAAGAGACGGAACCAAAACCUCCUCAAAAGGCAAAUACCGUAAACGCAAUGAUUCCCUUGAUGAAGGCCUCUCAAAUCUCACCUUACACCCCACAACCCCAUCGUUCCCCCCAAAAUCUCGUAUCAUCCGCAUAAUAACAACCGACACCCUAACCGCCGCACACCUCCUUUCCCACCCCCCAUCCAAACCCUCCUCUAAGAAAACCCAAAACACAUGCAUCCUCAACAUGGCCUCCCCCCUCCGUCCCGGCGGCGGCGUCUACCUCGGCGCGACCUCACAAGAAGAAUUCCUCUGCGCCCGCACCACGCUCCUCCCCUCCCUCAAAGACCAAUACUACCGCCUCCCCGAAUACGGCGGCAUCUACACCCCCGACGUGCUCGUAUUCCGGAGCCCCGGUCCCUUGGUCGAUAAUCACGCUGAGCUUCCGCCCACGGAGCGCUGGUACGCCGAUGUUAUUUCGGCGGGGAUGCUGCGGUUUCCGGAGUUGGAGGGGGAGGAGGAUGAGGAGAAGAGGUUAGGAAGGAAGGAUAGGGAGGUUGUGGAGAGGAAGAUUAGAGGGGUGUUGAGGAUUGCGGAGGGGAAGGGGGUGAAUAGGUUGGUGCUUGGGGCGUGGGGGUGUGGGGCGUAUGGAAAUCCGGUUAGAGAUGUGGCGGAGGCGUUUUGGAGGGUGUUGGAUGGGGGUGUGGCGGGGGGUAAGAAGAAGGGUAAGGAUGGGGGUGGGGGUGUGGAGACAUGGUCUGGAAUUGAAGAAGUUGUUUUUGCGAUUGCGAAUCGGAAGAUGGCGGUGGAUUUUGCGGAUGCGUUUGGUGGGGGGAUUGAGGUGGAGGAUGGACCCGGGGCUGGGCAUGGAGAGGAGGAGGAUGAAGAGGAAGACGCGGUGGCGGAGGAGCUGAGGAAGAAGAUUCAAGAGAUGGAGGGGCAGAUUAGUCUGGUUUGGAAUGCUGAUCUCAAGGCGAGGAUGACGGUUAUUCUGGAUGGACUAAAAGCACAACUAAGGGAAAGAGAAGGUACUCCUGAGGCGAGUAUGGCCAAUGAAGAAGACAGCGAUGAGGAACAAGAUCGAGAUGAAAGCGGGGAGAGUGAUGAAGAAUAG